CUGAACCGUAACCUUGCACAAUCCAACGGCUAAAUCAAGUAAUAAUGGAUCCCCAUAUGCCCUCCAAAGCUGGUAGUAGCUUCUUUAGAACUUGCUUCAAUGGAGUAAAUGCUCUCUCAGGAUUUGGAAUCCUGUCAAUUCCAUAUGCUCUAGCAGAGGGAGGAUGGUUAAGCUUAAUGCUUCUUUUUGUCUUGGCUGCUAUCUGUUUCUACACUGGACUACUCCUUCAAAGAUGUAUGGAUUCAAAUUCUCUUGUCAGAACUUACCCAGACGUUGGAGAGCUAGCAUUUGGGUUGAAAGGAAGAAUGUUGAUAGCUUUCUUCAUGUACCUUGAGCUCUAUUUCGUCGCGAUUGAAUUCCUUAUACUGGAAGGAGACAACUUGGGGAAACUAUUUCCACAGGCAAAAUUUCACAUUGCAGGUCUAAAACUAGGAGGAAAAUCAGGCUUUGUUAUUUUCUCAGCACUUGUGAUAUUGCCCACAACAUGGCUGAGAAAUUUGGGAGUUCUUGCCUAUGUGUCGGUUGGCGGAGUCUUGGCUUCUCUUAUUUUGGUUCUCUCUGUUAUGUGGGUUGGAGCAGUUGAUGGUGUUGGGUUUCAUGAAAGAGGAGUUGCUAUCAAUUGGAGUGGAAUCCCUACAACAUUGAGCUUAUUUGCUUUCUGUUACAGUGGACAUUCAGUCUUUCCUACCAUAUAUUCAUCAAUGGCAGAUAAAACAAAAUUCUCUCGUUUUUUAUUUGUCAGUUUUGUUAUCUGCACCAUUAUCUAUGGAGUAAUGGCAGUCAUUGGGUACCUAAUGUUUGGUGAAGCUACAAACCCCCAGGUGACUUUAAAUCUUCCAGUGGAAAAAAUGAGCUCCAAACUUGCAAUCUACACUACUUUGAUCAACCCAUUAGCAAAGUAUGCGCUGAUAAUUACUCCAAUUGUGAACGCCCUUGAAGAGUGGCUCCAGGUCACAAAGAACAGAUUCAUUGGCAUUCUGAUCCGGACUCUCCUCCUGAUUAGCACUGUAAUUAUAGCAUUAACUCUGCCAUUUUUUGGAUAUAUCGUAGCUCUUACUGGUUCUUUUCUCUGUAGCAGUGCUACAAUGGUGCUGCCAUCUUUGUGCUACCUUAAGAUAUUCAAGAGCUCGAGACGUUGGAAUGUAGAAUUAGUGAUGAUUUUGGCUAUUUUGGUGGUGGGAGUUCUUAUUGCAGUGAUUGGAACUUAUGUUUCCAUGAAGCAAAUCAUAAGAAGUUUAUGAAAAUCAGUCAGAUUAUAUAUCUGAGUGGAUUUUCAUAUUUAUACUGAAACUUGUUAGUUGUAUGCAAACUAGAGAUAUAGAUAUGAGAAUAAUAUUAUUGGCUUGACGAGGACUGAGAAUAUCUUGCAUUUGUUGAAAUCUCAGUCUUUACUGGCUCUGAUUUGUGGUUUGCUUGUUGGUUCUCAC